UAUUGUAGGAGUAGUACUAGUAUUGUUAUUUUAGAAAAAACAAAUAAAAGGACGUCAGAAAUGGCAGAAACAAAUCGCAGAGCUAACAUGUACGGACGGGAGACAAUUAACGCUGCACUUCACCACCAGCAAACUCAGAUCGACGACGACGACGAUGACGACGUCGCCGCUGGAACUGAAGGUGGCGGCGGCGGUGCUGAUGGAGGAAGAGAGUCUAUGGAUAACAACCCUAACAUCCGCUACGACCAUCACCACCAGUCUCAUAGUCAUUCUCACGCGCUUCACAACGGCGGGGAGUCCAUGGAGAUGAAUGGUGUGGAAGGCGUUUCACAUAACGCGUUGUAUUGUCCCCCUAAUACCGAAAUAGUUCAAACUGCUGUUGCUGCUGGUAGUGGAGCCUCCGAUCAGCUUACGCUGUCGUUUCAAGGCGAAGUUUAUGUUUUCGAUGCUGUUUCUCCGGAAAAGGUUCAGGCGGUGCUGUUGUUGUUGGGGGGAUAUGAAGUCCCUGCUGGAAUCCCUACUGUUAGUGUGGCAGCCCAAAGUCAGAGGGCUUCAGCUGACUUUCCUGGAAGAUUGAAUCAACCACAAAGAGCUGCUUCUUUGAAUCGUUUUAGGGAAAAGAGGAAAGAACGGUGUUUCGAUAAAAAGAUCCGUUAUACUGUACGGAAGGAAGUUGCGAUGAGGUAAUAGAGCUGCAAUUUUUCAUGCAUGAUCUCGUCU